UGCCCGCCCGCCGACGCUGCUGGGCAUGGCCGCCCCUAGCGCGCCGCCCCGCGCACGGGCUCUUCUGCAGCAGUGUUUGGCUUCCCGGCUGCAGGUGAAGCCCCCCGAGCCGGGCUCCGAGGCCGAGUGGGUGGAGAGCAUCUUUGAAGACACAGUGUCACUAUUCAUACCUGUCCAUGGCUUGUUCCUCCAUUAAGCCCAGCCUGGUCAUGUCCCUGCAUACGAUGUCCCAGUAUCUAAUCCAAAGAGGACUGGUUAUCUACAUAUGCUUCUUCAAAGGAGCCAGUGAGGAACUCAUUCCAAAAAUGGUUAAUACGCUGUUGAAUGUUAAAUUAAGUGAAACUGAAAGUGGAAAGUAUGUUUCUGUUCUGGAUUUACCAGGAAACUUAUUAAUAAUACCCCAAGCUACGCUAGGUGGUAGACUGAAGGGAAGAAAUAUGCAGUACCAUUCCAACAUUGAAAAAGAAAAAGGGAUGCAGCUUUAUUCCCAUUUUGUAACAUUGUGUGAAAAAGAACUGGCUGCUAAUAUGAAAUGUGCUGAAGCAGGUGUUGUUGUCAAGUAUGGCACAUAUGGAAACAGACAGGUGUUAAAACUGGAUACAAAUGGACCUUUCACUCAUAUGAUUGAAUUUUGAAAAAUCAAUUUUAUGUAUAGUAUUAUCCAGCAACUGUAGAAUUUCUCAUUUAUAAGGAAAACAGGAGUACUUGUGGCACCUUAGAGACUAACAAAUUUAUUAGAGUAUAAGCUUUCGUGGACUACAGCCCA